AUGGGUUCCACAUCCCCCAGCAUAAUCCUCUACACCAACCACAACUGCCCCUGGGCCCACCGCGCGCACAUCGCCCUCGCCGAACUCUCCCUCCCCUUCACCGAAGAAAUCAUCGACCUCUCCGUGCCCCGCACCGCCGAAUACCUCAAAGUAAACCCGCGCGGCCUCGUCCCCUCCAUCAACUACAACGGCGCCAUCAUCACCGAGUCAGCCAUUGUGUCCCAAUUCCUCGCCGACGCGCACCCUUCGCACCUGGUCAAGAAGAGCGACGAGGAAGGCGGCGCGCUGCAGCGUGCUCGAAUCAGUUAUUUCGUCGAUGCGUAUUUUAGCAAAGUGAAUUCGAACUUCUACCCGAUUUUGAAGGCGCAGUCGGAGCAAGAGAAGGAAGUCGAGGCGCAGAAAUUCGUUGAUGCCGUUGUUAAGGAACUCGAACCGCAGCUCCAGAACGCGGGACCGUUCUUCGGGGGCUCAAGCAAAUUGACUUUGGCUGAAGUCCUAACAGGCUCAUUCCUGCUCCGCGCCCUGACCAUCCCCAAAUACGAGCACCUGAACCUCUUCCCCAAGAGCUUCCUCCCGAAUCUCGAGGCCAAGGCCCCGGCGUUCUGGAAGUGGGCCCAUGCUGUGAUUCAAGAGAAGAGCGUUAACCACAUCUAUGAUGAGCAGGGAGUUGCGGAGAGGACGGCGGAGAGAGUUAAGAAGAUGAUUGCGUCUAAGUGA